CUAGCGCCACGAACAGCCGUGUGGUCUCGUCGAUGUGACCCAGCUGCCGCCAUUCGAACACGCAGUCGUCAGCCAGGUGGAGCCCUUGACCACACCCGUCGUCACACCAUUGCUGGCCGCCUCGCCCAGCCGGGCUUUGUGGACCACCUCACGCACGCCCAGCAGCCGAUGCUGCCCACCCUGCUGACCCCUGACGGCGAAGCACCGCAGCGGCACACGCACCAUGACGCCGCCCACGUUGGCCAUGUCGCCGAUGACCUCCCUGUUGCUGGGUGUCCGUGUGGCGGCCGAAAUGACGAAGUGCGCCACGGCCGCCUUGACGCGGCGCCUCAGCGUCGAGUCGCCGAUGAGAUACUCGUCGAUGGCCGCUGCUGCAGCGGAUGGCUCGUGCAGGAAGGCGCCGAUCUUCCAGCCGAUGGCCUCUGCCUCGUGUGGUCCGAAUGAGAGGGGGGAGGGGGCGGGGUCUCUGCCGUCGU